CUGCUGGUUCAGCAAUCAAAUGGUGUACAGUUUCUCCACAAGAGCAAAAGAAAUGCAAUGAUUUGAAAGAACAAAUGGCAGAUGACUUCCCCAAAUUUUCUUGUAUACAGAAGCAAAGUUCUGACAGUUGUGUGACUGCUAUUAAGGAUAGAUUUGCAGAUGCUAUAACUUUGGAUGGUGGAGAUAUAUACAAGGGAGGUCUCUUGCCCCAACCGCGUCUGAAACCGAUUGUAGCUGAAAAUAUUACAGGGGAGUCCUGCUACUAUGCUGUAGCCGUGGUAAAGAAAGGAAGCGGUAUUACAAUCAAUACUUUGAGGGGCAAGAAAUCCUGCCACACUGGUCUGGGUAAAUCUGCUGGUUGGAAUAUCCCGAUAGGAACCAUUAUAGAACGCAAUCCAAACCAAUGGAAUAAAGAGGACCCUAUUGAAACAUUUGUGGAAAAGUUCUUUUUGUCCAGCUGUGUUCCAGGAGCUUCUUCUAAAUUCCCUAAGCUGUGCGCACUGUGUAAAGGAUCUGGAUCAAAUCGCUGCCAGCGAUCACACCUUGAACCCUACUACGAUUAUUCAGGUGCAUUUCAAUGUUUGAAGGAUGGUGCUGGAGAAGUGGCCUUUGUGAAACAUACCACAGUGCCAGCUACUGAGAAGGCAAACUAUGAGCUCCUGUGCCUAGAUGGUAGCACACAGCCAAUCAAUAACUACAAGCAAUGUCACUGGGCAAGAGUGCCAGCUCAUGCAGUGGUGGUGAGAAGCGAUUCUGUUGAUGAUAAAAAGAAUGAAGAGAUUUGGAGAUUCCUUUCAUUAGCUCAGCAAAAAUUUGGGCCGCACAGUCAGAGAUCAUUUAAACUCUUCAAUUCCGACAAAUAUAAACGCAAAGACUUGAUGUUUAAAGACUCAACAGAAGAGCUGAUUCAUCUUCCCAAAGAAACCGAUUACCUUCUGUAUCUCGGCACUAACUAUGCAAGUGCUCUAAAAGCUAUUCGAAAAGAGAGCGGUAGCUUGAGUUCUAAGAUACGCUGGUGCACCAUUGGGGAGCCUGAAAAGAGGAAGUGCGACACAUGGACAGCAGUAAACUGCGUCGAGGGCCUCAAUGCUGAGGACUGCAUCAAACAAAUCACGUCUGGUGUUGCUGAUGCAGUAAGCCUUGAUGGUGGGCAAGUAUAUGUUGGAGGAAAAUGUGGCCUCGUCCCAGUCAUGGCAGAAUAUUAUAACAAAAAUGAUCUUACUCCAUGCUCAAAAAGUAACAUAAUACCCUCUUACUAUGCCGUGGCGGUUGUAAAGAAUUCACAACUGAACUGGGAGUCGCUAAGAGGGAAGAAAUCCUGUCACACAGGUGUUGGGCGGACUGCUGGGUGGAACGUUCCCAUGGGGCGCCUGAUUAAAAAGGAUAAAAUCAGAGCUUGUGAUGUUUAUAACUCGACCUAUUUUGGUGAAAGUUGUGCUCCUGGGGCAGAUAAGAAUCUUUACCCCAAACUGUGCUCCCUGUGUAUCGGUACCAGAAAAAGCCUGCAUGUAGAAAACAAAUGUGAUGCCAACAACAAUGAACAGUACUUCGGCUACAGCGGUGCCUUCAGAUGCCUGGUGGAAGUGGGUGAUGUGGCUUUUGUUAAGCAUACUACUGUGCUCGAGAACACUGAUGGAAAUGGACAGCUUGAUUGGAAUAGGAAUCUGCAGUCUUCUAAUUAUCGCCUCUUAUGCAAGGAUGGUACCACAGCUCCAGUCAACCAAUACAUUAACUGCAAUCUGGCUAAUGUCCCAGCACAUGCUGUUAUGACACGACCAAAUAUGAAAGAGCAAGUUCUCAAACUGCUGAAAAGUGAACAGCUGAAACACGGCCGUAAGGGAUCCGAAGUAGCUACGUUCAACCUGUUCAGCUCAGAACGUUUUUCGGGGAAGGACCUCCUUUUUAAGGACUCCACUCAGUGCCUCGUUGAAGUCCCUGUCACUGAUUACAAAGGCUUCUUGAGUAGCAGUUACAUUACUGCAUUGGAAGGGCUCUACUCCUGUAAAGUCCCUGUAGAUAAACAUCAAAGCCCCAAUCACAUACUUUAUAAAGGAGGGAAGGAGCACCAAAGUUUUAUCGCAAGCCUGCUGCAGAGUUGGUUGGUGACAGAAACUGUUCUCAGUUCUUUCAGUCCACAGAUUGGCAGGAUGAUUUUACCCUACACUGUUAUACUAUCGGGAAUUAUUUCCUUUUCAUUUGCCAAUAUCCCAAACAUCAAAUGGUGUACAACCUCCAAUGUAGAAUUAUUAAAAUGCAAUGAUUUGAGAAAUGCAACGAUUGAUGAGCCCUUCGAAUUCCAAUGUAUAAUGAAGGACACCGAUGAAACCUGUCUGACUGCUAUCAAGCGUGGAGAAGCAGAUGCCAUAGCUGUGGAUGGUGGAGAUAUAUACAAGGGAGGUCUCUUGCCCCAACCACGUCUGAAACCGAUUGCAGCUGAGAAUACUACAGGGGGCUCUUGCUACUAUGCUGUAGCAGUGGUAAAGCAAGGGAGUGACUUCGGGUUCAAACAGCUGAAGGGCAAAAAGUCCUGCCACACUGGCCUAGGUAAAUCUGCUGGCUGGAUCAUCCCGAUAGGAACCAUUCUGAAACAUAACCUAACAUCUUGGGAUGGAGUGACCCCUGUUGAAAAAGUUGUGGAAAAUUUCUUCUCUUCCAGCUGUGUCCCAGGUGCCAGCCCGGCCUUCCCUAAUCUGUGUGCACUGUGUAAAGGAACAGAUGGGGAUCACUGCAAGCGAUCACACGUUGAGCCCUACUACGAUUAUUCAGGAGCAUUUCAAUGUUUGAAGGAUGGUGCUGGAGAAGUGGCCUUUGUGAAACAUACCACAGUGCCAGCCGCUGAGAGAAAAAAUUAUGAGCUCCUGUGCCUAGAUGGUACCAGGAAGCCAAUUGAAAAAUACAAGGAAUGUUAUUGGGCAAAAGUGCCAGCUCAUGCUGUGGUGGUGAGAAGCGGGGCUGUUAAUGAUGAGAAGAAUGAGGCGAUUUGGAGAUUCCUUUCAAGAGCUCAGGAAUUAUUUGGGCCGUUGAGUCAAAUGUCUUUCAAUAUCUUCGAUUCAACAAAUUAUGAAGAAAAGGACUUGAUGUUUAAAGAUUCAACAGAGAACCUCAUUCAGCUCCCCAGUGGGAUGGAUUCCCUUCUGUAUCUUGGCAUUGAAUAUGCAAAUGCUAUAGAGUCUCUUAUAAGUGAGAAAAACAGUGCCUUGAAUCCUUGUAAGAUACGCUGGUGUACUACUGACAACCUUGAACAACAGAAGUGUAACAGCUGGGGGGCAGUAAAUUGCGUUAUGGGCCUCAGCGCUGAAGACUGCAUCAAAAAGAUUAUGUUUGGAGAUGCUGAUGCAGCAAGUUUUGAUGGAGGAGAGGUCUAUGUUGGAGGAAAGUGUGGCCUUGUCCCAGUCAUGGCAGAGUACUAUAACAAAGCUGAUCUUGAACCAUGCAAAUCCACAACAGUGAACAGCAAAAUACCCUCCUACUUUGCUGUGGCAGUUGUAAAGGAUCCACAACUGAACUGGGAAAAGCUGAGAGGGAAGAAAUCCUGCCACACAGCUGUCGGGCGGACCGCUGGCUGGAAUGUGCCCAUGGGGCUCCUGACUGCGCAGGGAAAAAUCGGUGCUUGUGACAUUUAUAAUUCGACAUAUUUCAGUGAGAGCUGUGCCCCUGGAGCGAAUGCUGCCCUGCACCCCAAGCUGUGCUCUCUGUGUAUCGGUAGUCAAGGUCAAGGUACAAUGCCGCCAACAGACAGGUGUGUGGCCAACAGCAAUGAGAGGUACUACAGCUACAGCGGUGCCUUCAGGUGCCUGGUGGAAGCGGGUGACGUUGCUUUUGUUAAACAUACCACCGUGCCUGAGAACACUGACGGUAACGGAAGGGCUAACUGGAAUCAUAAUCUGCUUUCUUCGAAUUAUUACCUCUUGUGCAAAAAUGGCAGCACAGUCCCAAUUGAUCAAUUCAUGACCUGUCACCUAGCUGAUGUCCCAUCACACGCUGUUAUGACACGACCAGAUAAGAGGGAAACAGUUGUCAAACUGCUGAAAAGUGAACUGGAGAAACAUGGUCGUGGUGGAUCCGAGGAAAGCACUUUCGCAAUGUUCAACUCAGUGCUGUUUUCAGGGAAGGACCUCCUUUUUAAGGAUUCUGCUCAGUGCCUCAUUGAAGUUCCCGUCACUGAUUACAAAAGCUACCUGGGUGACAGCUACAUCAAAAUAAUGGAAGGACUCCAGUCCUGUGAACCUCUUGAGCUUGUGGAAGCUUGUUCCUUUGAAAACUGUUGAGCCUCACAGCGAUGACCUAACCAACAUUUCCACACAAUGGCUUGGAAUUCUUCCAUCCUCCCCACUGAUGCCUGUCCAAUUAAAAUGAUGUUCCGGUUACACCUGCCAAAAUAGUUUUCUGCACUUAAUAAUAGAUUAACUGCAGGUUUGAUGAGCUAUAUAUCACAACUGAUAUCUAAAAGCAAGUUGAUUUUGUUUCUGCAACACAAAAUAAAAUUUGUGUGGUAA